ACCAACGUGUUCACAAAAUUUGAGCAUGACCAUCAUGGCGGAAGAAAGUGAUUUGAAUCCAGCGGAAGAAUCUAAAAUUUUAGAUAAAAGUAAUGCAACAACUUUUGAAAACGGAAUGGAAGACGAACCGAAUUUUAGUGAUCCAGAGGACUUUGUUGACGAUGUGUCUGAUGAAGAAUUGUUGGGCGAUUUAUUGAAAAACAAGCCUCAGGAAACUGAUGGAGUCGAAUCUGUCAUAAUUGUUGAUGGUGUCCCAAAAGUUGGACCAGAACGAGUGGAAAAACUUAAAAAUGUGCUCCAUAAGCUUUAUUCUAAUUUUGGGAAAAUUGUAACUGUUGAUUAUCCUUUGGAUGAAAAUGGAAUUACUAAAGGGUACGUCUUCUUUGAAUUUGCCUCUCCAGAAAAUGCUAUUGAAGCUGUGAAAUCAACAAAUGGGUACAAGUUAGACAAGCAUCAUGUGUUUGAAGUAAAUCUUUUUACAGAUUUUGAGAAAUACGAGAAUAUUCCUGAUGAGUGGGAGCCCCCAACACCUCAACCAUAUGUAGAUCAUGGUAAUUUGAGAUAUUGGUUGCAAGAGCCUGAUGCUUGUGAUCAAUACAGUGUAAUGUAUGAUGGUGGUGCAAAAACAGCUAUAUACUUAAAUUCCAACCCUGAACCAGGUCUUCUGCAAGAAAGAGAGUCAUGGACAGAAACAUAUGUAGAGUGGUCUCCUUUAGGUACCUACUUAGCAACAUUUCAUCCACGAGGUGUUGCCCUUUGGGUUGGUGAAAAAUUUGAUCAGUUUAUGAAGUUCAGUCACAACAAUGUCCAGUGUAUCAGUUUUUCUCCCUGUGAAAAGUAUUUAGUAACAUUCAGCAGUAUUCCAGAAUCAAGAGAUGAUCCACAUUGUGUUAUGAUUUGGGAAAUAAGAACAGGCAUCAAAAAACGAAGUUUUCAUGCUGAAUCUCAUCCUCUCUCAACGUGGCCUAUGUUCAAGUGGAGUCACGAUGAUAAAUACUUUGCUAAAGUUGGUAAAGAUAUGCUUAGCAUAUAUGAGACCCCUUCUUUUGGUUUGCUGGGGAAAAAAAGCAUUAAAAUUUCUGGAAUCAAAAAUUUUUCAUGGUCUCCUACUCAAAAUAUUGUUGCAUAUUGGGUUGCUGAAGAAAAGGAUGUGCCUGCCAGAGUCACAUUGCUUGAAAUUCCAAGUAGAACUGAACUUAGAGCAAAAAAUCUUUUCAGUGUAGCUGAUUGUAUGAUGCAUUGGCAGAAAUCGGGAGGUUAUUUAUGUGUAAAAGUUGAUAGGUAUACCAAAGCGAAAAAAGAAAAAAAUGAAUGGAAGUACAGUGGCAUGUAUUAUAAUUUUGAAAUAUUUCAUAUGCGUGAGAAACAAAUUCCUGUUGACAGUGCAGAAAUCAAAGAAAAUAUAACAGCUUUUGCAUGGGAGCCAGUUGGAAAUAAAUUUGCUGUCAUUCAUGGAGAUAAUCCUCAUAUAAAUGUUAGUUUUUAUGGAAUAAAACCAGGUGGAACUGUUAGCUUAUUGAAAAAGUUUGAAAGAAAGCAGUGUAAUCGCCUCUUUUGGUCUCCUAAUGGUCAAUUCAUUGUGUUAGCAGGAUUAAGGACAAUGAGUGGAAGUUUGGAAUUCAUUGAUACUUCUGAUUUUACCAUUAUGGCACAAAAUGAACAUUUUAUGGCUACCGACAUCGAGUGGGAUCCAACCGGUCGAUACGUGGUCUCCGGUAUAAGCUGGUGGAUGCAUAAAGUAGACAAUGCAUUUUGGAUGUGGACAUUCCAAGGUAGACUAUUACGAAAAUAUGAUUUAGAACGAUUUUGUCAACUUUUGUGGCGACCUAGGCCACCAACAUUGCUGUCAGAAGAAAAAAUUAAAGAAAUAAAGAAAAAUUUGAAAAAAUACAGUGCACAGUUUGAUAUUAAAGAUCGAAUGUCAUUAUCUAAAGCUUCCAAAGAAAUUGUAGAAAAAAGGAGAAAAUUAAUGGAUGAAUUCAGAAGCAUUCGCCAGAAAAGGAUAGAUGAAUUUCACAAUAAAAAGAGGUUGCGGCUAGAGCUAAGAAAUGGUGUUGAUACUGAUGAACUUGAUGCAGAAGCUGGAAAUUUGGAGGAGGAAGUUGUAGAAUUCCUUGUAAAAGAAGAAGUAUUUCCUCUAGAAGAGGACUAGUGUGAACAAAUUUUAGGAUUCUUCAAUAAAAAUAACUUGAUUUUAAAAAAAUAAUUUGCAUUUUGUGCUGGUAUACGACUGUAUACGAAGGCCAAGUGUCAUAUUUCUUACCAUAGCAUAAAAAAAUUUCAAUUAAAAAAAAAAAAAAAAAAUUUUAAACAUCUUCAGAUCUACAAUUAAUGUUAGGUUUUUCACAAUCGAUAGUUUUUGCUUUCAAAGCAGUACAAACUAUUCUACUAAUAUACACUUAAAAUUUUCAGUCGCAUUUACGUUGCUAAAAGGUUUCAACUUGCAGUGGUAAACUUUAUAAGGUUAAAAACUUUUGGAUUUUUUUUAUUUAUAGUACCUUCGUUGUAAAUAAAUCUGAAAUUAUAUUUGUCACAAUGUGAUGCUGUAUAGAUAUUUUUCUUGACAAAUAA